AAGUUGCCAAAAUUUCAUCCCUAUCCAAUCCAACCCAUUUUCCUAUAUAAAGUACUCAAUAUCCCAAAUAUCAAGAACCCCAAUUGCUGCCUUCGUACUUAAAUAGCGUCUUCUCGUAGCUUUCUUCGUGACUUUUGAUCAACGCCAUGGCCAAGAACUCCUUCAAAUCCGAGCACCCUCUUGAGAGGAGGCAGGCAGAAGCUGCUCGCAUCAGGGAGAAGUACCCAGACAGAAUUCCAGUUAUUGUCGAGAAGGCUGAGAAGACCGACAUACCUGACAUUGACAAGAAAAAAUACCUUGUUCCUGCUGAUUUAACUGUGGGGCAGUUUGUCUAUGUGGUAAGGAAGAGGAUCAAGCUAAGUGCCGAGAAGGCGAUAUUCAUCUUUGUUAAGAACAUUCUACCACCAACUGCUGCCAUGAUGUCUGCCAUCUAUGAAGAGAACAAGGACGAGGAUGGCUUUCUCUAUAUGACGUACAGUGGCGAGAAUACAUUUGGAUCCAACUGAAAGGCCCUUCAAAGCUGAAGCUGUGUAGAUAUGACUUGUCAGCAUUGGUUAUAAUAUGUAAAUUCUUAUAAGUUCCCUAAGUAGGAGUCCCCAACUCUUAAGAUUGUUUGCUUUGAACUAUGUCUCCUUAAUUUGCAUGAAUCUUAUUUUCACUUAUUCGAAGAAGCAUGUGUAAUGGUGUUGACCUCUAUAAUAGAAAGUCUUUCCACUAGUAA